GCACUGGGAGCAGGGGACUCAUUAUUGUGACGGUUCUGUUCUGGCCCUGGGGUCAACUUGAGAUGGCAGUCAAACACUCAUCUCGUCACACAGCUGAAUCAGACAUCAGGGACCAGCAGGAACUCCCAAUUAGCCAGAUGGAGAGCAAAAGGUCUGAGAUCAGUGAAUACAAACGCUGCACAAAAAUGUGCCUCCCAGAGAAAGUUUUAACUGAAGGAACAGCAAAACAAGAAACAGAUGAAAAUGGAAGCAAAUAUUCAUACAUCGCACAGGCGACAGGUGUGGGGAACCAGAAGCUCAUUCCCAGUUGUGAGAAGCCGCAGUUUAUUGCUACACCUAACAGUUACAGUAACCAUGCAGAAAGAUUGAGCUUAGAAAGUAUUCCAAAUAAUGUGGCAAAGCUCGUCAAAGGACAACUGCCCCGGUUACAACAGGACCAUGAACUUCAUAAAUAUCCCAGAAGGAAGCGUGGGAAGAGAAAAUCCAAACAUAAGGUCAAGGGGAAGACCAAAGCUUCGCAGAAUCGAUCAAAGACCCCUGAGCAGGAGAGCUGUCCUCCAAUACCAGUUCAAGAAGACGAUGCUGACAACAGCACCUCUGACUUUUGCAGCAGCACUACCAUCAGUGGCAGCAGCUGUUGUGAUCUUGAAAAAGUUCACCUCCGCACAGUCGAGAGAGACUCUCAUGGGUUCUGUGGGAUGGGUCUGCAGAACCGCAUCAGGGAAGAUGAAAAAAUUGAGAAUAUAUUCUACAAUAUUCAAAACUUGGAAAACACGGUGAAAAAAUCUAAUGUCAGGCCUAUACCCUCGUCAUCAACGAAGAAUAGCGGCCUCAUGCACAAUAUGGCCUUUCCAAAAGUGGCAAAGAAUUUAGACUGGAAGUUACACACUGGCUCUGUUCGGCAACAUGAAUUAAAUCAGAUUGAUCCAAUUGAGACAUUCAAAAAGCAGGAACUUUGUUUGAAAAAUAGUGCAGCUAUGCUGUACAUCAAUGAUGAAGGAGGAGACACUGGAAUAAGGAUUCCUGAUUCAAUCAGUGCAGAAGAGACCUCUCCUCCACAAUUCUCUGCCAACCACAGUGAUGCUAGGAAGGGCUAUGUGAUCUCUGACAGUAUAAUGUACUUGGGAAAUCAUGCAGUACAGUGGGAAAACUACUCGGAUAGGUGGAAACAAAAGGAAAAGUUUCCAGAAACUAAUGAAGGUGUCCUUCAGCAUGAGAAACUGCAACCUGUGGACUGUCAGUACAAAGAAAACAGGCAGUGGUCGCUCAUCUCCAGCCCUCUGGGUGUUGGAACCUUUGGGGAAGUGUAUGUUGCAAAGGAUCAUUCUACUGAUUUCACCUGUGCUGCUAAAAGGAUUCAUUUGGCUAAUUUCCAGCCACAAGAGUUGCUGACCUGGAGCAAGGUGAACUCCCGGCGAAUUGUUCCACUCUAUGGGGGAGUACGAGAGGGGGAAAUGAUCACACUUUUUAUGCAACUGAUUCAAGGUGGAUCCAUUGCACAGCUCAUAGUGAACAAAGGACCUCUUCCUGAAGCUCUGACUUUGCAUUACACUGGGCAUGUCCUGGAAGCACUGGAACAUUUACACUCCCAUGGAAUUGUGCAUGGAGAUGUUAAAGCGGACAAUGUGCUGAUAUCGCAGAGGGGUUUGGAGGUUUAUCUUUGUGACUUUGGACAUUCAACGCAAUUGAAAUCAGUGGGCAAGAGCACACCGCAUGGCAGUCACUGCUUUGGGACAGUGACACACAUGGCCCCAGAGGUCGUUGCAGGCCAGGGAUUUGAUGUGAGAGCAGAUAGCUGGAGUGUUGCUUGUAUGAUGCUGCACAUGUUAACUGGAUGCCACCCCUGGAAAAAUGUUUCCACAAAUCAAUUGCUGCUUAAGAUUGUGACACAAGAUCCUCCAGUGGAUGAAAUCCCGCCCACGUGCAGUCCACACACGGCUAAUGUCAUCAGGGCUGGUUUGGUGAAAGACCCACAAUACAGAGCUACAGUAUCUGAACUCCAUGCCCAGGUGCACAGAGCGCUAGCCGUACUGCGACAACGGGCUACAGGUGGUUCUCCGACUAAUCCUGUUCAAAAAAUGACUGGUGCUUCUAAGUCAAAUGAUGAUGGUUGUGAUGGUGGAACGACUGCCCUGGCACCGGACCUGAACGGUGGACAGUGUACCACAAGAGGCCGGCCUCCUCCUGGAUCAGAGCCAGUGCCAACCAACAUUGACUCAAACAAGCACCGAUUCUGUUACCUGAAGGGAGGUCCACUCAACGUGGGCAAAGUGGGCUCAGUGGAAAAUCUGACCAAGAAAACUUUGCCACCAGCCUACCAAAGACGGCCUCGACCCAAAAACCUAAUUCGACUCGCCUGUAACUUUAGCCAGCUGCUUCUGCGUGAUGAAGAGAUUCAGAUCCCUGAGGAAGUGACUGAGCCCUUCAGUGACGAAGAAGAUCUGUCCACUCCCUCGCCACUAUUGUCAUUGCCUUCAUUUCAGAAUAACGAGGCAGACCGGAAACUGUUGGAAGAGUAUGGGAACCUGCAAAAAGAAUUUUUACUUUACAACUUAUCGCAAGUGUUUCCAGAAAGGUUGGAAGAUCACAUAUUAGAUGUAUUAAGCAGUGACGCAUACAGCAUAAUGGAAGACUAUGAUAAGGAUUCCCAAAAAGGAAUGCCCAGCCUCAGUGGAAACUACAGUUCUGGAAUUCAUUCAAUGUCUUGGAAUAGUCUGACUGAUGGCCAUAGUGUCAGCUUUAGUCUCAGUCAACGACUAGAUCACCAGCAGGACAUGCCAAGUCUUUUCAAUGGAGUUGAAGCUAGAAUCCACACGUUCAGUGGAGAGUGUCUGAUUGUACAUGAUAUGCGAAGAGCUACUGUUGGCCAGGUGGCUACAGGAAUCAGUAAUCUGAUCCAGAUUCCUAGUUUCUCGCUGGUGAAACAAAAUGGACAUCCUAUUUCCCCAGACUUUGAAAUUCCAGAUUCUGGAAUUGACCUGCGGUGCACUCCAGCUUCCAACUACAGCAAUUCCUGGACCUGGAGGGUUAAGGACGGAAGUCUAAAUUUCAAGUCUUAAUUUAAUUUUUCUGUAUGUAUCUUCUGUAUACUGGGAUGAUAACUCAGAUUUGUUAUUUCAGUCAUCAGAACUCAGAUUUCCUUAACCACUUGGAUCCUCAAACCACGAAGAAAGUCCAAACUAAAACUCAAACCUGGCAUUCUAAAAACUAGUUUAUGUUGAAAUUCCUAAUUUGUUGUGUCCUUUUAAAUCCUAAAUUGGAUUAUUCGUUACAUACAUUUCUUUAAGGAAAAUAAUUGUUACUUAUUUAGAAACUGUGGAAUUAUGAAGAGAUUCAGAGUAUCUAAUUGUUUGCAAGUACAGGAAAUCCCCGUUUAUAAGUAUGUAAUAUAACACUGGCAAAUAUUAUGCAUCUAAAUAACUGAAUUAUUAGGGCAAUAAGUUGCUGAGAGUUUGCUAUUGUCAGGCAAAUAACCAUAAUCAGUGGCAAAUAACCAUUCUCAAUGAUAUGCUUUGGGGUUGAAUUUCCAUGGAAAGUUACGAGGUGUUUGGUGAAGUGCAUUAGGGGGCUGGGUAAUCAGAAGAUCAAAAUACAAGAUAAUUGGUCGGGAAAACGUUAGGAGAAAUUUUUGCUUUUGUUUUUUUUUUGCAGCUAGUUGUUAUAAUCUGGAAUGCAUUACCCAAAGGGCAUUGACAAAAGAUUGUACAAUAGCUUUCAAAGAGAAAUCAGGUCAACACUUGAAUGAAAAAACAUUGUAGGAGAUCUUUUGUAUGUGUGGACUAGUUAUAAGCUGUUUCAAAGGGCACAGAUGUGGGGCCAAAUAGCCACCUUCGUUACACGACUCUCCGGUCAUCUGUAAUAGCAGAAGGUCAACAGAAAUACUGGAUAAGCUUUGUUAACAUUUACCCUAUUUCUCCAGGGCUUCUGCAGAUCUUCUCAUACAUAUAUUUGGUAGAAUCCCCAUGGAAAUCCAAGCCAGUUUAGUGUCUCUUCAUUCGAAGCAUGCCGUAAAUAAGUCUAACAAGCACUCUAACAUGGAACAACAAAGGGUUCCAUUGGCAAUGGUGCAGUGAGGACUGGUUGCAAUGGUGAAACAGUUCUACAACUGUAAAGCUAACCUUCAGAAACCAGGGUGUACCAUUACCCCUGUGUGAUGCUUAGUAUUUGCUGGUUCAGAUUCCACGCAUCAGUGACUUAAAUACACUUUGGAAAAUUACUAUUUAUUCAGUUUGUGCAAAUGGGUUUUCAAAAGCAGUUUGACCUAAUGCUUGCUUUCAUUUUGCUGUUUCAAUUAUAAGUUUUACAAUAACUUCCAGUUAUGUUUUAGUAUUAUAAGUUUUGAAUGUAAUGUAUGAACAGUGCUUUCAUUCCUUUAGAUUGUCCUUGGUGUCAUAGAGGAACAGAAUCACCUUCAGUUGAUUCCAAAAUAGAAGUCAACAGAAGGAGAUAGUACACUGGACAUUGUGAGAUAAGCUAAGCGUAUUGGCUUUCUGGCCACUUCUCACUGUUCUUGCCACUGAUACAGUUAUCAACCUUGAUAGGUCUGAGUUCGGUUGUCUCGAUGGGUUUUUUUCUCCCCAAUCGGUUGAGUUGAGGCUGCUCAAGCCUUUCACAACGUAGUGUUCAGUGGGGAUGUAUCAGGUCAUGUGGGCCGUGGAGGCUGAAGAGCAAACUGUUGGUCACCAUGUGGAGUCUGUCAUCCCACUGAGUGUGGCAAGGGGUGAGCUAAUCCACCUUGUGUGGGGUCAUGGUGAUGCAUUCUUUCCCCAUGAAAAACAUUACUUUUGUGUCAGCUGUGGUACAACAUGGUGACAAUGCCACUGAGAUCUGCAUCCUGACCACUCGUCCCUUCCAAGAGGCAGACUAUUGGGAAACUAAGCUGCCGCUGGAUAGGAUGAGGGAAAACUAACUCAAAGGUCUCACCUUUUUAGGAGAAUAAAAUAAUGAGAAGCCAUAUUUUAUUUUAUUUUGUGUUCUGUGGAAGAACCAAUAUAUUAAAGAUUCUCAUGACAGAUGAAUCAUUGAGGAUCACUACAGAUGUGCAGCUUUGGUUGACUGGGGAAGACUCACUAUUCCUGUACGUGUCCAGCCAAAUGAGAAUGAUCUCUUUGCCACUGGUCAGUUCUAAAGGGAUUUUCAUUGCUGAAAAGUGCUGAAGUGAUUUGACCAAAUUAAUUUUAAUAUGAAAAAGGCCUCCCUGGAGCUAUCUUUAAUAAGAAAUAAGUGCAUGUUAAUGUAGAGUAAGAUUCCUAUCUUUGGCAUUAUGAAGCAUUACUAUGAGUUGUGGAAACUGAGUGUGUUUUCUAUUUCCUGGGAUUUAUGUCAUUCCUGAGAUUAGUAUGGGACUUUAUAACUUGUGCAAUCUCAGAAUUGUAUUUUGUAAAAUGAAACAAGGGCUGGGCACUGGGACUUGAAAGAAUAUCUCUAAAAUUACCAGUCUGCAAGACCACUUUGAAGGUUCUUGUGUUUUACCCUGCCAUACCUGAGACAGUUUAUAAGCUUUGGGGUUGUGUCACAGGUCUGGUUUGAACUGAAAUUAAAGUAUUGCUAGUUUCUCCUGAAAAUCAGAACGGUCAGUUUUGAAGACAUCGAACAGCAUGGCUGAAGUGAAUUUGAGUCAAUGAUGACGGCUAGUGUGCAUGCCUCAACUAAAGUCUAUUGGCUCACUAUUAAAAGAAAAUUAAUAAAAAGACUGGUCAUCAGUAUAAUCUGCCAUAACGUCCAUUAGCAGCUAAUAACAGUCCUCUUUCCCAGGAUUGAGUUUAAUUGCUAAUCAUUUAUAUGGAUCUUUUCUCAUAUAAUAUUUUUAAAUGUAUAUAUUUUGAAGUUAUAUUUUUUUGAAUGGGAAAUAUAACUAAUGUUAUAAAUAAUAUAGCUUUUAAUCAGAAGCAGGACCUUUGCUGUACUGAAGGAACUUAUGUCAAGGACUGGAUUUUUGUGGAGUCGGGGAAAAUGCUGGGCCAGACUCAAACGUGGGAGUUCCACCCACUUUUCCGAAGAUCCAAGUCUUGUAGUGUGGUUAGUUGGAUUGAUAGAGGCUAGCCUCAGUAUGUGGUAAAGGAUAGGUUCCAACUAAGAUGGACUGUUUGUGUCCUAAUAGGAAAGGAUAUCUGUGAGUAAGAAACUUUUUAAGGAGAAUUCAAACAUUUUGACUUCAUAACUAAACUUUACUGAUUGGCCAAUAAUGAAUAAACAGCAUAGAGAGUUAAUACCAGUCAUUUUCAGUAUUUUAAUGCUUUUAUUUAUGCAGCACAUUUUAUAAUGUAGAAAGUAUGGUGGUAGUAGAUUCAAUAACUUCAAUAAGUAGUUGAAGAAAUACUUGAAGGAAGAAAGAGCAUGGGAGUGGAAUUAAUCAGAUUAUUUUUUUCAAGAGCCAGCACAGACAUUGUGACUUCCUCCCAUGUGAUGAUUUUAAACAGUACAGAAAAAUUCUGUUUUAAAAAAAAAUCUCUCAACACCUGGUUAUAGUCCAAUGGGUUUAUUUGAAAGCACUAGCUUUCAGAGCACCGUUCCUUCAUUAGGUGGUUGUGGAGAAUAAUUAACUUUGUCCACCCUAGUCCAAUGCCGGCACCUCCAAAUCAAAAAUUCUGUACUUAGUUAAAGUAGUUGAAUAUGUAACGUUCUCGAUACAUCAUCUGAUAUUGUUCCCAGUACUGAUGUAUCUAUAAUUAUCUUCUGCCUGUUGGCAUAAAGCUCAUAAGCCAUACUUGAAACAUUAUAUUUGGAAGGGCAGGGACACUAGAAUCUUUUGCAUAUCUAAAAUAGAUGUAUAGCUUGAGAGGCUCCCACUCCUAUUGUUAGGUCUUUAUUAAAAUGCUGAUGACAACAUUACUGUGACUCUAGAGUUUAUAAUCUGGUUGUGCACACUGGUGUUAGUGCCACAUUUCAAGUCUUGUGCCCUUCCCUAUGCUUUUAUUGAAUGUGUCUUAAAAUGAUGAUGCAACUGAUUAAUGAAUGUAACCCUUUUUUUUGAUGAUUGUGGUAGCAAUAACAAAGUAGUUUGUACUUUUAUUCAGGGCAUAUUCAUGAUAAACUUAUUUCAUUAAUGUAAACAAAGGAUAUCUUGA